UAUCCCUAGAAGAAAAAGAAAGAAAAACUCGCUUUCAAAUGUUUCAGCCUUGCAUCUGCGGCGCUCUCGAUCCUGAAGACGAAGGUGAUCAUAGAAAAUUACGAAGAAACAGCUUUGGUAAGAGUAAAGGACGUAAAAAGGACGACAAGAACCCGUAUUCGGAUCGUGGCCUCGACAAGUUUUCUGCACUCUUGGCCGAACUCGAAGAGAAGAAGCAGAAGAUUUACUCACAAACAGGCUCACAAGAUGUGUCGCUGGUUCGUUUUACGUAUGGAAACUCAACGGAUUUCGUACCGAUCGUGAUAAAGCUCAAGGAUGAUAAAGAAGAAACGAAGAAGAAAGGUGCUGAUGGUAACACUAAUACCCCCACCAAAGAUCAUCAAGUUCUUGAUUCAGAUGCCAUUGAUAAACACCCGAUCAUGGAGGGGAAACGAGCAAUCAAGAAGACGUCAUCACGAUCGCAAUCGUUUUCCGAUCAGAAAAAGAAAAAGAGCUCCUCGUCAUGGAAUUUUGAGUUGCAUCAAUGGAGGCGGCCUUCUUACUAUGUACCGGCAAUCGUAGUUUUGAUUUUGUUGUUGCUGGUGUUCUUCGGGAGAUCGGUUUCGAUACUGUUCACCUGUAUUGCAUGGUACUCGGUUCCUGUAAUACAAGGAAAGAGUUACAGUAAGAAGAAAGGCUAUGUGAGAAAAUUGAGCUACAAGAAGGUUGGAGCUGGAUAAAGAAGAUCAUUUGAUCAUCCUUUGUUUUUCUCUUCUUUUCUGUGUAAACAGAUGUAAAUCGUUUUCUUGUUCUUCCCUUGUUUUGUGUUGCUGUGUUUUGGGGCUGGAUUGAAGAAUUCAUCC